AUGCCCUCUCUGCACGAACUCGCGAGCCGCCCACCGGCGCCCAGAAGCCAGGAAGAGCUCCAGAUCUACGGCAACCAUACGAACCCCCCCGAUGCGGUGACGAUAAGCAAGCCUACUGCCCCAACUGGCGGUAGCAUGUCACACUCAAACAAGCCUGGGGCUCGUGGGUCGUUUGCCCCCCGCAACACUUUGCAGCACUCGCCCUACGCCGCUCGGCCAAGCACCGCUCCCUCAGGAAGCAAAUACGCACAUGCAGGACGUCUCCAGCUUGAACCCAGUAGAGGUGACAACGUACGACUGUCGCGCGCACUCAGGUUCCCAGAUGAAGACAUGGUGUCCAACAAACGCCAGAAGCUUACUCACCCUAAGUCUUCUCCGCCACUGGUCGUGGACCUCACCGACGAAGCCGCUCCUACACUACGGAGCUCCCCGUUACAGAGAACCAGGUCGCAAUCCCACGAACAAGCCAGAGAACAUUUCAAGCAGUACGGCCGUUCCCGCAGUAACGGCUCGAUUCACUCCAGACCAUCCCUUCACUCGAUGCCUUCUGGGUCGGACGAAUACUACAAGGUGGAAGACACUAUGAAUGCAAAAGGCUACGGAAGAGCGCAUAUCUCCCAGGAGGAAUUGGUUCAGGACUGCUUUGGAGAAACGAGUGCCCUGGCUGAAAAGCCCGCAACCACUCGUGGACACUCUUCUGAACCCAUUGAUGUGGAUUCCGAUGGUCCUAAGCCGUAUCACAAGGAAGAUCCUGGACGAGAGAAGUUCAUCAUGGAUCACUUGAUAGAGCAGCUCCGAGAGCCCCGAGAGCCGUCUCCAAAGCGCAAGCUUUUCGGGCAACUCUUACCUACCGAUCAAAAGCAGUUAUCUCACGGGACUUCUUCGCACCCAAGCUCACAGCGGAGACCAGCACAAAAUCAUGACCGGAAGGAAUCCAAGAGAAGCGCUGGAUCGGGCCAGUUUUACGACGUCAGGACGAAUCCAGCGAUAACGGUCAACAAGCAUGACGACAGCGAAGACGAACUCGCCGAGGGAAUCCCGAGGGCUUUGCCCAAACAGCGUGAGAAGACGAUAAGGAGGUUUGAUGCUGCGGAAAAGACGCAAACAAAAUCACACUAUUUCUCAGGGCUCAUAGAUGCCGACCGUUUCCCAUCGCAUUCAGGGCGUUCUCUUGAAACUACCAUAAGACCCUCCAAAGCGGACAUCAAGCCGAAGACAUUCCCUUCCAAAGGCUCUGGAAAAUGGAUCCAAAAUUCGUCCAGAAAGGUGGCUUGCAAAUCGCGUCCUUGGCCUCUGAAGCUGUUCAAGAUUCCCCACAGCCCAGCGAUGUCGGAGAUCGAAAUGUGUCUUGUUUGGGAACCCGAGAGAAACCGAUUUCUAGUCCAUGGCAAAGACGGGAUCAUACCUGUUGGGACAGGUGUAUCCUCUGUCGAAGAGUCCAAAGUGACCAGGGUCAUUCAUGGCCAAGGUGACUCAACCAAGGUUUUGGUUGAGGGCUGUAGGAUCGACAACGAACUCUACAAGCGCUUCAUGGAGUUCUCGAACGCCAAGGACCGUGACGACUUUCUUGACACAAUGUCCUCUACAAUCAAACGCUUGGCCAGGACCGGAGAAGAAAUGGACCGGAUGUUUGCCAAGGCAGACGAAAAUCCGCCCCGAAAAUCCGCUCCAAAGCCUGUUGAUGCUGGGUUAGAACGUCAAUUUCUUGAGUCACGCGGCAACCAACGACGCCAAGAGACGACUGACAACAACGGUAAUAAAGAACGCGCCUAUGACAAAGCGAACAAGAAUCCAGCUACCCAUGGAAGACCUCGCCCUGACACCAGACUCAUCUCACAACUGCAAGUUGAUCCCUCCCGUGCUGAGUCUGGUACUCGCACCUCGAGAGCCGUGCGAGCAAACGAUCUAUUGGACAUGCCCUCCUCUCGUGCACCCGCAACCACGCGAAACACUCGGGCCAACGAUCAGGAUGACGAUAUUUCGAACAUUGAAUAUCUUGAGACGACUGCUGAACCCAAAGAUUCAUGGCCGCAGAUGUCGUUUCCACCAGCAUGGAAACAACCUCUAGUCUACCCACCAACCGGGCGGCAACGGGCGCAAGUAGACUGGCCUGAUCUAUUCAAGCUCAGUGACGAUGAAUUCCUCAACGACAGUAUCAUCAGUUUCUACAUGACAUGGGCUGCAAAACAGGCUGAAGAAGAAAAACAUCUGCGGCCAGACAAGGUGUAUUGGUUCAACACAUAUUUCUACUCCACGUUGACAAAGCUUGCGACUGGUCAGAAGGGAAUCAAUUACGCAGCUGUUCAGCGAUGGACUUCAAGGGUUGACAUCUUCUCCUACGAUUACGUCGUGAUCCCAAUCAACGAGGACCAGCACUGGUAUUUGGCCAUCAUCUGCAACCUACCAGCCCUUGCAAAGAAAGUCCAGAAUCAAGAAGAGGCAGCAGAAAAGGAGCACAGUCUGGAGAUCAAAGAUCUUCCGAAGGAUGGUUUGGCCGCCCAUGUUCAUGAAGUCCUUUCCGGGAAGCAAGAGCCUCCAUUGGAGAACACGACGGAAUUAGAGGAUGCGAGCGAUGCCAUGGAAGUUGAUCAGCCGGUCCCCAACGAUGAAGUGACCGCAGGCGAAAAGUUCAGGGAACAAUUGGCCGGCGCAAGAGGUAGAGACGAAAAGAUGGCGACGACACCACAACCCACUGUCGAUGAGGCGCGGAACGGCUUUACGGAUGAGAGCAAGGCAUCAGCUGAUGGCCAAGAAGAUGCGUCCAAGCUGAGUCCGGGAGGUAGAAAAGGGCGGAAAAAGCCAGUCCCGCCGUCCCGAAAGUUGGACGCAGAGCAGCCUGUCAUCAUGAUGCUCGAUUCCCUUGAACUCACCCACCCCAGGACUACCAAGAACCUCAAGGCAUAUUUAGUCGAGGAAGGUAAAGCAAAGCGUGGCAUGGAUAUCGACAUAAAAACCCUCCAAGGGACGACCGCAAAAUGCAUCCCUACACAGAACAAUUUUUGUGAUUGUGGCAUCUUUGUUUGCCUAUACUUCCAGAAGUUCAUCAAUGACGCCGACAACUUUGUGCACAAGAUCAUCCGCCGGGAAAUGGAUAAGACGAAGGACUGGCCAGACAUCUGUCCUCCGAAGACGCGGCGGGAAAUCUUGGCGUUACUUUUACAGCUCGAGGAAGAACAGGCGAAAGAGCGAGAAGAACAGAAGAGAAAGAGGAAGUUGGAGAGGAAAAUUCUACGGGAAGGCCAGAAGGGGGACUCAAGAAUAUCGAUUCCGAAGCAAAUUCCCCCGAGCAAGAUGGCGGAGCCCGAAGCCAGGCCCAAAACACCUCUUGGCUCGCCCCCGCCGGGGUCAGUAGCCACUGUGGCCCCCUUGGAGGCUGGACCGCAGACUCCUCAUAUUCCACCGCCUCGUGCGGUCACGCAACAAACUGGACGCCACCCGGUAGUUGUCGUUCAGAUGUCGCCUAUCAAGGACACGGCCUUCAAUGCUAACCGUGCCCUAUGCAGAAGAAGCCCUAGAAAGCACACAUCCCCCGUCGAGACUACUAGGGUUGGGGAGCAGGACGCGGCUAUUCUGCGUACGGGCAACCAGAAGCGGAAAGAAACGUCAAUCGAGCUUGGGGAUGAUGAAUCAGCUCUGGGGGGUGUGGAAGCGCUUCCAUCGAUUGGAAGUCGAUCCGUCGAGUUACACGAACAGGAUCACAGCGAUGGAGAAAUCAUCUCCGAACGGGUGAACGAUCCAAUGGAGAUCGAAGACGCCGAGCAAGAUGAAGCCGAGAGAGAGAUUCCGGACUCACAGCCCGACCAAUUUGAAAUUGCGGCGCGAGUGAACCAUGAUCAAUGGCGGUCCGGAGUAAACCACCUCAAGGGCCACAGCUAUGAAGAUGUAACAGAUGCCAAAAAGGAGCGGUCGCCGUCGCGGAGGCGACAGCAGCAGCAAAAGAAGAGAAGGACCACGCCAACGGAGGUCAUUGAGAUCGAUGACUCGCAGACAUGA